AUGGCUCGACAGGCAAGUGCAGUUGCCCUGCGAAAGCUACUCAACAAAUCCAAGCCAGCAAUUGCCAUGGCAUCCCACAAUCCACUGAGUGCAAAUUUAGCAGCCGAAGCCGGAUUCAAUGCAAUCUGGGUUAGCGGGUUCGAACUGUCUGCAUCCUAUGCUGUGCCCGAUGCAAGUCUGCUGCCGAUGAGUACUCACCUUGAGAUGACUCGGUCGAUAGCAGAGUCCCUGGCAGACAAAAGUUUCCCGCUUGUCGUGGACGUCGAUACAGGGUUUGGAAAUGCAAUCAAUGUGGCUUAUAUCAUUCCACGAUUUGAAGCAGCCGGUGCAGCUGCGGUGGUUAUUGAGGACAAACAUUUCCCCAAAGACAGCAGUCUGAGGACCAACGGUAGACAGGUUCUAGUGACCAUUGAAGAAUUUCAGGGCAAAAUAGCCGCUGCAAAAGCCAAAUCCGAUUCGAUGCUCAUCAUUGCACGGACCGAAGCCCUAAUUGCCGGUUUGGGACAAGAGGAAGCCCAACGCCGCGCUCUUGCGUAUGUGGAAGCUGGGGCAGAUGCUAUAUUAAUACAUAGCAAACAACUUACGCCAGAGGAAAUAUUAUCUUUUUGUCGUUCGUGGCCGGAUGAGCAGGUUCCUCUCGUGCUUGUGCCGACCAGUUAUCCACAACUUUCGUUUACGGAUAUCACGGCUCUUGGUAAAGUUGGUUUGAUUAUCUGCGGAAAUCACGCUAUACGCGCUUCUGUUGCUUCCAUGAGAAACGUGUUUGGCAGAAUACUAAAGGAUGAUGGCUUGGCUGGUGUUGAAGAAGAUAUUGCAUCUGUUUCGGAGAUCUUUGAGCUCCAGGGCGAUUCUGCGAUGCGUAAAUUGGAGAAGGAUUAUCUACGCUGA